AUGGAUGUUUCGAACUCUAAUGAAAGAUUAGAAAAGGAUGCAAAGGAUAAUUCAAAAAACUAUGAUAUUGAAGCGCUCACUGGAAAUGAAUCUCAAGUCAUUGAAAUGGAUUUAAUGCUGGGUGUUGCUGAUCUUCAAACUCCCGAGGCUGUGGCUGCUGCGGAAUCUGCGAUUUCUGGUUAUCAGCCUGUUAUACCGUUGGCCGUCAGCAGUAGUGAAGAGGAGUCACAGGAUAGCAGUGACAACGAUAGUAGCAGUGAUGAGGAUGACGAUGAUAGUAGCAGUGAUGAGGAUGACGAUGAUAGUAGCAAUGAAGAGGAUGAAAGUGAUGCUGAGGAUAAGAAAACAUCCUCUCCUGUCAAACUCAAAACACCCAAGUCUGACAAAGAUAAUUCGAGUGAUGUUCGUAAUGGCCGGUCCAAAAAGCGGCCAAAAAUUGUUGAGCUUCCUUGAAAUCAUGUGAGAUGUAGUUCUAGUGUCUCUGAGUUUCAGGAAUUAUCAAUUUAUUGUAAUAGUUGGGCAAGUCUAAAGACUUACAUACUGUGCGAAGGGAAUAUGAUGAACGGUUCUGGGAGUAUCUAUAAAAGGUUGUUAACUGUGGUAUAA